AGUAGGAAAUUCGCAACUAGUGGUGAUAAAUUAAAACACGACCGAAGGGUUAUGAGUGUCAAUGUUUUCUUUACUAGGUACGUGUAAGGAGUAAAAAUAAUAAUCCGGCAUUUUCAGGAGGCUGGAUGAUGCGUUCAAAUUACGUUGGAAGACCAUCAUUUAUUUCAGGAAGAUCAAACUAACAGAUUCACUUUUGUAUUUGAAUAUAAAGGAAUAAUAACUCUGUGAAGUAGUGAUGUUAUCAUCAUAUCGGAAUAAUAAUAUCAUUUGUAUUGAGGGGCGUGGCAUGUGAAGAGGAGUGGUGGGGGUAAAAGUAACUUCUAUAAAUAUUUACAUAAUCUUAAUUCUGCACUAUUUCUCCCCGAUACGUCAGACAGUAAUUUCCAUUGACAAAAAAAAUGUCGUCUGAUAUAAUUCAAUCUCGCAGCAUCGUGUUCCAUAAACGUGGAAGGCCCGCCGGCAAAGGUCGAGUUCCUCUAAAUUUGGAUGAGAGACGAGCUCGCAAUGCGGUGUAUGAAAAGGAGCGCAGAGCUGAAAUGAAGGAUACUCUAGAUGAAUUGUCUACAGCAGUCGGUCUACCUAAUACAGUAAGCAUACUUGUAAAAUACAUAUUUAAAUAUUUUUCUUUUCUCUUUUGAUUAUUUCACAAUUGAAUAUUUUUAAUGCUUGUUUCAGAUGGCUGUUACGGACGUACUGGCUGAGGUCAUCACAUAUCUAAAGACGUCGACGAUGCGCGACAACUAUUGGGACGCAGACAGACUACGAGAAUGCAAUGAUAACCUCGCGUCUCAAAUUACAAUGUUGGAGCACCGCCUCGCUACCGAACCUGACCCGAAGAGUCAUCCUACGAAGAGGAAGGUUGAGGAUUGUGACUGGCCGAGUCCUUCAAGCAAGCGAUUCUCGGCGAGUUCGUCUCAAGAUCCGUUGCGGCUUUCGACGUGUCAGCGAGUUCAGCCACGACCGAUUCCAGAGCUUCAGUGUCCUUCUAUGCUAGACUCGACUUCCCAGCUACAACCAUUAAGGCGCGGAGACGAAUCCUGCGAUUUCCCGUUGUCUUGUAAAGAGGAACGACUUUUUCCAUCAAUGUUGCCCGAAGCGUCGGUACCUGACGUUAGGUUUACGACAUACCCAAACCUUACGCCGUCGCCAUCAUACUGCGACAUCGUGGAACCAAGUGUAAAGGAUGAAGAUCUCGCUGAGAUGGCUACUGUUUGGACAUUGUAUGCUACUGCAGGCUCCCGACUAUCUUUGGGCCAGUUUGAUAUUUGGGCCACUGAGGAAGACCUCGUCUCGCUAUAUUUGUAA